CUACUAUAAAUAUGGAAGCCAGAUUGGCAGAGUGAAGAGUCAGAAGAAAGGAGAUGAUAGAAGGUGUGAAACUUCUAGAAUCUAUUAAGCAGAAGUCAUCCUUCAUAGAUUUUAUCGAUGGAGGAUACUCACUUGUUGUUUCUUUAAAUAUCACGAAGAAUAUGAUUGCCAUUAAGCUGAUGAAAGGUCUCAAGAUUGAUUAUUAUAAGAAAGUUUAUUUUCUAUUUGACCAUUUUAAUAACAGAUCAGCUUUUACUCAUAGUUUAAUGACUAACACUUUCAUUGCAAAGCAAUAUAACUCUUUUGUGAUCUCUGGACUUACAUCAUGAAGGCUGAACCUUAAUAAAGUCAUAGCUCCUUUCUGUAGAGCAAUUGUUGGCAGAGCUGGAUGCUUGGUGCUCAGCUCUUUCAAAAUCUCCAGAAAAUCACUUCAAAGAUUAAUCACUAGUGCAAGGAACAUGGACUACAUUAUUCUGGAUCACUCAGAGCUAGAAUUUGAUGGAAUCAAGUUUAGCCCAGGCACACAAUUUAAAAUUAGAAAGUUUGAAAUAACCGACUGUGAUCAUAAAGAGCUUGUUAACAACAGAGAGUAUCCAUCAAAACUUUUAUCAUUGUUCAGAGCCAUCAGUGAAUGCAGUCUAAAAGACUCUUUGAAAGCUAUCAAAGUGACCUCAGACCACACUAACUUCGAUCAGAUGUCAAAAGGUGAACAUUUCAAUUACCUCAACAAUAUCGAACUCAAACUGAACGACAACACCUACAACUUCUAACCUCAACCUCUUCCUCCAUAUUCUUUCAACCACAC